AUGUCGUCUUCUGGAACAACCGCAAUGGCUGGAGGGAGUCUUCCCGCCUUGCUGAUGGCAAACGGUGGAGUAGGAGCAGGAGGAGGUGGCGGCGUUGGAAGCAGUGGUUCCUCCGGGCCGAAGGGGCUUGGAAAACCUGAUGUGAAACCGCAUGGUGCGGGUUCCGGGGUAGUUGCCGGUGCUCCCAGCAAGGUGUUGCUUGGCGGCGAUAAACAUGAGACGUGGCAAAUGGAACUGCUAAUGGAGCGGCUUCGAACGAAAGCCAAAUCGGCCCAGUACAAAACCUUCCCGGAGAUGUCUAAAUCCGUACGGAUGUCGUUGCUGGAAAAACGGUACGCCUUAGAUGCGGUAGAAAAAUCAAACCUUCAGAAGACGCUCGACAGCAUGCAGUACUGCAUUAAAGUAACCACCAGACAGGGAUUGGUUGAGCGGCUCGAUUGUCUCACUAGGCAGCUAGGCCUCAAGCUCAGCGAAGACACCUCCGGACUGUUCAUUUCGUCUGAUAUGUUCUACCUCGAGAUCAUUCUCGAUCCGGCUGGUGGGACGGUACAGGAUGUUAAGGUACACCACGAGUGUAAGAUGAAGCAGCAGAGUUGCAGCGAGCUUGUCGCCUGUCUGCAACGCGGCGAUUUCGCCGAUUUUACCACCCAGCUUGAGGGUUUGGCUUCGAUCUACCAGUUGAACGCGGAGAAGAAGAUCAAAGUGAACGCGUUUGUCGCUCUACAGGCUCUCGAAACCGAUCUGUACACGCUCUACACGCUCUCGACGCAGCACUUUACCGAUGUGCACGCGCUCCUGCUGAAAGCCCCGCUCGGAGUUGUGCAGAAACGGCGCGGUGGUCACCCUAUGCGUCUGACAUAUUUUGUCGCUCCCUAUGAGUUACUGGAUCUUGGUACACGCACGAUGAACGCACUGUCGGCGGAACUGAUCGCGAAAGAGCGCAUUGGAUGUAGCGUGGCGGUGGUACUGGAGGCAGCCAGUGCAAACAAGCUCCAAAUCCAGCCGCUGCUCGUCGUGAACGGAAGCAACAACGCAACUUCCGCUGGGACGCCAGUUUACACGCCAAUCGAAAAACACAACUCUACCUCGUUGCCUGCCACGUUUGUGCUGCGACUCAGCAAACCGAUGCCGAUCAAUAGCGCGAUGAUGCGCUCAAUCAAGUCUAUCGUCGGCGGAAGCACUGGUGGUGGGGAGCAAGGGGGAGAACAAGGGACGGCUAACACGCUCGGGCUUCCGACGUCUCUGCUCAUGCUCAUCGCCCACCACGCUUCCGGGGGAAGCGUAACGGAUCCGGCAAAGGGGUUGCUUGUUUCACUACCCGAUCAGUAUCACUGCUACUAUCUCACGGAUAAUCCCGCCCUGCGGGGGGUGAUGGUGAGCAGCAUACCGUUCACGGAACCUCAGCACGUUCCGAAGAUCUUGACCUUUCUGCGCCAACAGGCCGUCUUCAAUCAACUGCUUGCAAGUUGCAUCCGGAUCGGUUUGCCCUCAAACGGCGCUGCCGGGCGGACGAGUGCCCUGCAGCAGCUUCUGGAUGGAACGCACCCGAUGGAGAACGGAACGGCAGGAGCUGGGAUGGGAUUGCUCGUGUUUGAAGUAAGCGCACUUACCUGCCAGUACAUCACCGUGUCAUUGAUGCAUCCGUACGAAGAAUCGCUCGCGACGGUAGAGUUUGAUCUGCAGAAUAUCGCCAACAUCGUCGUGCGUAUCUACUGCAGCGAUGGCGAAACGACCGAUCAGCACACUUUGGAUCGUAUUUCGGCUGUUCUACAGCGUAGUAUGUCCAUCCCGGUGACACUGCGAGCUCUCAUGAAGCAUUGGGAGGAGGAGCACGAGCAGAAGUUCAAACCGAACGUCCUCGGAGCUGCAAGCGUCAAUUCUUCCGGUGGCGGUGGAGGAGGUCCAGGUAGUGGAGGAGGUGCAGGGCCCGGUCUUAACGCUGGCAAUGAUGGAGCGACAUCGGGUGGUGUUUCCGGUUCCGGUGAGGAUGGAACUAUGAAUGGUUUCACUCUAACGUCGCUGGGCGGUGCGGGAUCUGCUGUUGAUGGUGGUGCAGGAGGAAGCGCGGCAUCAAAUGGAACUGGCCAACAGUCCUUGUCGCGAGGACUCAUCAACGGCAACAAUGGUGUAACUGGUGACGGCGUCACCGGCCUAGCAGGAGCCAGCUUGGGACUGGAUUUUUGUGAUAUGUUGCCUGGACGGAACGGAAUCGGAUUAGUGGGAGCACCGGUGUCAGCGACGGGUGGCAAUUUGCGGUCGGCGGGACUCCCACUAGGAGUCCGCGAACCACCGGAAGCGUUAGUUGGCAACGUAACGAAGAAACGGCGCACGGAGGAUUUUUGUAAGAGCCCAAAGAGUGAUAGCAACCUUAGCGUGAGUGGCGGCGAUGGUGACGUUGAGAAGGGCAGCGUCGCGGCAUCUGUAACCGGCGCCUCCACCAUGACCACCACUAGUUCUAUCGCAAACCCCAGUCACCAGGACGUACCGUCAUCCGGCGUGGUGGGUACAACGGCGGUAGCAACGGCAGCAGUACCAACAUUGACGUCUGGUAGCGGUGGUGGUUCGAUUUUAAGUGAACAGCGAAAGCAGGCCGUCGGUGGCAAGGAGGAGGACGCCGGCGAGUUAUCGUUGUUCAGCAAGUCGGCUCCAGCGUCCGGGGUCGAAGCCAAGGGCAACUCUUUGGGUGGAACUACAACAAUGUCGGCGAAGAACGAACCUCCAAAUUUGAACCUGAACCCAUCAGCCGCUGGUGACGAAGACACCAGCGGCAGCAUCAAGGUGCCUCUGACCUCCUCCUCCUCCUCAUCUUUAUCCUCAUUGUCCUCGUCGGGCUUUUCGGCAUGCAAUGCGCCAUCCGGCGAUGCUGGCGAACGUGCGGGAGCUUUGCUGCUCGACAGCCUCGACUUUUCGUCCCUCGAGCCGGACCCGGUCAAGCGGUCGGCCACACAAACGUCUAAACGGCAACGGAGCUCGAGCAGUUCCAGUUCCAGCUCCAGUAGCAGCUCCAGCAGCAGCUCGAGCAGCUCCAGUACAUCCGAGGCGUCGGACGAGCCCGAGGAGUCGGUAGAUUUGGUAGAGGCGGAAAUGAGCAGCUUCUUUGCUGAGGGAAACACCAACAAACCGACUGCCAGCAUCAGCUCGCAGAAGAGUACGUUCGGUUCCUCGAAGCCCGGAAUGGCGCCGGGAGCAGGUACGAUUUCUCCCAUCGGAGGAAAGGUCGUUUCCCCGUACGGAGUCGGGAUGUUGGACCAGUCCAUGAUGGCACCGACCACGCUGGCCACUGGUAACUCUGGGGGAAGUGGCCUCGAUAUCAUUCCCUUCACAACGAACGCCAACAGUACGACCAGUGGGACAUCCGCAACUGUUACCAUCACACCGGUUACCGUCUCCCAAAGUAGCAGCAACAACAGUAUCACAAAUUCCUCGUCUUCAACAACGACGACCCUGUCUUCCGUGACGAAGAAGUCCUCGUCUUCUACCGGCAGUACGCACCGCAAGGGCAACUCGGAGUCGGAACGAAGUGGGACGGGCAAAUCGGAGAAGAAGAAAAAGCGCAAAGCCGAAAGCGUGGACCACGCGUCGAUGGGUCCACCGAACAAGCUGCCGUUCAAAUCCGGCGAAUCCUCGCCCCACCGAGGUACCGGAAGCGGUAUCUCUACACCGGGAGGUGCGAGUAAAUUAAGCCCUAAACACUCAAGCCCAGUGCAUCACAGUAGCCCGAAGCACAGCGGUAGCGGUUUGGGGUUUCACAGUCCCAAGCAUGGUGCAUCGGUUUCCCCGAAGCAUCCGCUGCACUCUGGCGGAAGCUCGACCGGUGGCGGUAAGCCCAGUAUGUCGGCGUUAAAGUCCGCAGCCGCCAGUGGAAAUUCCCCGGGAACAAAGUCGUCUGACGUUGGCGGUGUGAGCGGAGGAAGUGGCAGCGGAAUCACCGGUUCAUCCACGGGCAGCUCAUCCAAGGACCGCGAAAAGGAACGGGCGGACAAAAAGGUGCUCCAGUUUUCGUCUGCAGGAUCCUCGACGGGAGCGGUGAUGAGCGCAGGCAGCGCUUCCGGGUCGUCCGGUUCCGGAGGCAGGUCGAAAAACGUCAACCUGAAGCUGAAGCAACUGGAUCUGGGAACUACCGGUCCGGGUUCGAUGACCAUUUCGAUGACCGGGCCUGGAAUCGGUGACGGUGGCUCUAGUACGUCGGUGGCUCCGAUGAUCGACCUUACCGGACUCGGUUCCGCACAGGGAACGUCGCUAGCAGCAUCACUAGGACUGGCAGGGUCUGGCAUGGCAACGGCCAGUUCAAUGCUGCAAGCGCUGCAGGCAGCCAAAAAUCGCAAACCUCCGUCGUCAACCAGCGGGGGGGGAUUGGGCGGAUCCCUUAGUGCCGUGAUCGAUAAGCUGAAGUCAGCCCAAACAACGGACGAUGAAGGCGGUGCCGUACUGGUGCUACCGGAGAUGACUAUCACGCAGCAGACGACUUCCACGCCGAUGGCGGUCGGUGCCGGAAGUUUGGGAACGAGUGUGAACAUCGGCAGCUUCGGGGCACUUAGCGGCGGUAGUACGAUGAAGGAUUCUUCCAAGACUGGCGGUGGGCUCUUGUCGGCGGCAGUUAGCUCCCUAGCGAACUGUGUUUCCUCCUCCAGCAUCGGUGCAGUCACGCAAUCAAGUUCCAUGACGAGCGCACCCUCACUGACUGCCGCCCUAACGAGCGGCAAAGCGUCCGAGUACAUGGUCAAGCCAAGCUCGGACGGUAUAAAGCUGACGAUACAGAACAAGAAGGGUACGAAAACGUCUAACAGUGGUGGUGGAUCAAAGUCCGGCAGUAGCAAAUCCGGCCCAAAGUCCGGCCUGUCCAGCGGGCAGUCUGUCUCAUCCAAACAGCAACAGAACCAUACUACCUCCUUCAGCGGGGCCUUUCCUUCGUCCACCAAGGGUAGUCCCCAUUAUGCCAGCUCGGCCGGGUCGUCGAAGGUGCCCUUUCAAAAGUCUAAUUCGUUCGGUUCGCUCAGCGGAGGUACUGCGGGCGGGCUGAAAGCGUCCAAGGUGAGCUCCCCAAAAUCGGCUUCUAAUCCGGCCAGCACGUCCUCGUCGUCAUACUCCUCGUCAACCGCGUCGAAGGAGAAGGCAGGAUCGGCUGGCCGUUCUAAAUCGUCCUCCGCUUCAUCGCUCGCUGGAGCAAUGCUUUCCGGUGCGUCUGGCGCAGGUGUUGGGAGCGGCUCGUCGCUGGUAAACCCCAUAUCCAUCAUGAAAAUGCUGGGCUAUCCGACCGGGGCGAUGGGCAACAUGGAGGGAUUCGCAAAAUCGCUUGACACCAAGUUUCAAAUACCGAAGCUUUCCGCGCGUGGUGGCAGCUCAGGUGGAGGAUCGGGCUCCAACCUGAUCGGCACUGAUGGGGCGAACGAAACGAACAAAAAUGCCAAGGAAACGGCCAUGGGACCCACCAACGUAGCGCGGAAGCAGAAGCAACAACCUCCAACGUCUUCACCGCAGCACGUCGGUUCAUCACCUUUAAGACAGUUUUCAUCGUCCCCAUCCAGUGAUGCCAGUGCGAGGUUGCUUUCUGAUCUGCUUGGUUCCGCAGCAAAGGGUGGCUCCAAAAUGCCCUCCACAACCGGUGGAACGGGUACUGAUGGGUCCGGGUCCUCAAUGCAUCCGCUGCUUCCGAACAUUGUGCAGAAGAUGUUCGGUAGCGAUGGGUCGCUGCUGACGAAAUCAAACAGCUCAGACGGCAGCAUGUUUCCUUCCGCCGGACGUGCCUCUCCAGGGAUGCUGUCAUCGCUAACGGGUAGCACUAGUCGUGAUGGUUUCCGGUCCGGGUCUGCUCCGGGAACGCCCACAACGACGGGGUCAAUGGUGUUGCCACCGUUUCCAUCACCUGUGUCCGGAGGCGCUUCGAACGAUGGUGAGCUGGGGUCGGGAUCGGCAGGACCUUUAAUGCGCCCUCCAUCUCGGCCAAGCAGCACGAUAUCGAACCACUCCCACUCGUCACAAGACGGUAUCGGUAGUGGCCCGUCGAGCGGUGGGGACACCGGCGGGACUUCAGCAUCUACCAUGGCCUCGAUGAUCAUGAUGAACGCAAUAAGCAGCGUUGGAGCUGGUGGACAGUCGCCUGCGUCCGGAUCCCUGUCUCUCGAUAGCACCAGCACCCAGCAGUUGAUGGCGGUGUUGGCUAAAAAUGCAGCAGGAGCUUCGACUGGCCUGGCACCGCCCAACAACAUGCUUAAUCACAACCACCACAACCACUCGCUCCUCCAUCAUCACGGUAAUCAUUUGGGCAAUCACGCAAGUGGGGCUGGAGGAGCUACGGGUUCAACGGCCCUCAGCAAUCUUCCGUCACCGGCAUCUGUCUCGGUGCACAUCGUCAAAUCUCCGGCCCCAUCACCACUGCCUUUCACUUCGCCACACUCGAAUGCAUCAUCCACACAUGGCGGUCCCGGUGGUGGACUCGAUGAUGACCUGAUGGACGAAGCCCUGGUAGGCAUCGGAGGCAAAUGACAGGCAGGAUGAGGGCCUGAAAUGGCGUGGAUAGUCCUGAGCUGCUAGUAGAUGUCGAACACAUGCACGGUGGAUACUGUCUGACGUAACGUAACUUAAAUGUAGCGCCUCUCAAACUUUCCUCACCUUCAAAGGCGCCAUCUCGAGCAACACUAAACCAAUCGCGGGAUCCGGUAUUUGUACCGGUUGUAGGAAUAUGUCUAGUUGAGCUACGAGAUGGCCGGGCUGAAGGGCUAUAAACUCUUUCGGUAAUACUUAGAUCAUGACACAAGCGCUACGUCGUAUUUUCGCGAGUCGCAUACUGAGAAAACAAACGGUUUCCAACACGGUUCUCUCCUUCACGACGGGAACACGACGAAACAGGAACAGGACUGGAUACGGUCUCGUCCGGGCAACAGUACUGCAGCAGUAUUAACACGUUGCCUUUUGAGAUAUCGCUUUCGUCGUAAAAACUCAGCAGGAUAUCUUUUUGCGUUCGAACGUCAGAAUCAUCUGCAAUACUGCUUGGAGUGGAUGCAAUUAGAAUAUUGCUUUGUGUUGUUGUCUGGUUCGAUUUGAUUGUUGACCUCCCGAGGGUGUCUAUGUGUGUGUGGAUGUGUUUCAGGUGUAUAUGUACAUUACAAAAAUCUAUCACCACUGCACCACGACAGGAUGGGACAGGGAUAAGAAGUGUACAAGUUACAGCGGUAGGGAAAUGAGGGAAAUGACUAAAACUAAGGCGAAAUAGGGCACCGUAGAAGCAGGUUAUAGAUACUAGCAGCAUUAAAGAAAACCUCAGAAACGUAAUAAAGCAAU